CAGCAGGUGAUGCCAGAAAAAACAGACAGUGGAUACAUGUCGCUGGGGGGAUUCCAAAGACAUUCAAGGGCAGAGCAAAAGCCUGCUGGAUCUGGUUCAGGCCAGCCAUUUUGGAAUGUGACUGGACCUCGUCCCAAGAAAGGGGGACAUCAGAUGCAGAUGCCCCGGGUCCCAAGAGAGCAGAGCCAUGGUGAUAUCUAUCUCCAGGAGUUUCCUGGGACCUUCCAAGGGGGAAGGUUUCCUUAUGAACGCCUGGAGGCUGAUAUAGUGGCAGGGAUUGGCCUGGAAGAACUGAACGGCUUGGAGAUGGAAGUUAUGAGAAGGCAGAUGCAAGUGAUUUCUGGGCGGCUGCGUGACCUUGAGGACCGAGAUGCAACCUGGCGCCAUAAGGAGGCUGUGUUCUUUAGUCUGAUGAUGUCCGUUUUCAUUGCCAACCUGUGGCUUUGGUUGCGCCAGUGAAGUUUCACAGGCAUCAUAGCCCAGCUGGAGCCAUCCCCUUUUCUCUUCCCUUUGCUUCAAGAAAUGCCCUUGCCCACGCCACUUUUAUCUCCCAGCAGCCCCCAGGUAGCAGUUGGGUCAUUUUAUACUUAGGCAUCUUGCCUCAAAAUGAACUCAUGCUAUUGAGAUUCUAGCUGCUAGGAGGCUGGGGAACCACUGGAUAGCAUCACACAGGUGUGCAUGGGUUGGGAUGUUAUUCUUCUGGAGAGACAGGAGGAUGGCACCAGCCCUGACAGAAAUACCAGCAUAGGCACUACCACCUGCCUGCCCAUAGAGCAGGACUCUGUGGGCCUCUGUCACCCAACGUUUCUUCUCUUCCAUCCUCUGUGGGCAGGGUUUUGCUUUGUAUUCCUCUGUUUGCUUCUGCACUUCUCAAGCAUUUGCUCAAAAAACAUGCUCAAUAAACGCUUCAUGA